AUGGCGCCUCUCAUUGAGCAGACGGCCGAACUAGCGAAGCGCCUGGACGGUUGCGGCGAUGGCCGUUAUCGUGGCGACGACGGAUAUUGCUAUUGGUACUACUCGGGGUGGUAUUAUUGGGGCCGCUGGGUCUUUGCUGGAUUGGCGAUUCUCUUCAUCAUCAUCGUCUUCGCCGUUCUCUUCCGCAACUCUCGUCGCCGCAGAAGGCUAGGUCAACAGCCUUUGUACGGAACAGGCUGGAUGGCGCCCGCGCCGCCUCCCUACUACCCGCCUCCACCGCAGUACUCGGCGCACGACCAGCAUCCCGGCUCCCCUCCCCCGCCUGGCGGCUAUAAGUAUGGCUCAGGUGAUGGAUACUAUGGCGGGAAUCAGCAGGAGGGCAUCCAGCUUCAGCAGCCGCCCAGCGCGUACCACCGCGGUACCGACCAGGACUAUGCGCCUCCUCCGGGACCCCCGCCGAAUGCGGCCAAGUGA